UAGAACACUACAUUUAGCUCAGUCGCGUUGCGCGGACGCAGGUUACGAACGUGUUUCAAAUUUAGAAUUCCAAAAUGGCGUCGCGCGCUGUCACCCGGUGUUUAUUCACUGUUUCAUCGAGAAAUUACAGUUCGAAAACCGACAAAAAUGUAGCCUUUUUAGGCCUCGGAAACAUGGGAGGAUUCAUGGCAGCAAAUCUAGUCAAAAAGGGCUUCAACGUCCGCGGCUACGACCCGUCGAAGGAGGCUCAGACUGCUGCCGCCAAGGACGGCAUAACCUCUGCUGCCUCCAUCGCGGCUGCGGUGGACGGCGCCGACGUGGUCGUCUCCAUCCUCCCCAGCAACAAGGUCGUGUUGGACGCCUACUUGGGAAAGGACGGCGUGGUCGCACAUGCACCAAAAGGCAGUCUUCUGAUUGACUCCAGUACAGUAGACCCAAAUGUGCCGAAAGAAAUAUUCCCUGUCGCGACGAAGAGUGGAGUUGGCUUCCUCGAUGCCCCUGUCUCUGGAGGUGUGAUGGGAGCUCAAAACGCCACCCUAGCUUUUAUGGUGGGCGGCGAGGCCAAGGACUUCGACCGCUCCCUCCCCAUGCUGAAGGCCAUGGGCGCCAAGCAGUUCCACUGCGGGGCCAUCGGUGCCGGCCAAGUGGCCAAGCUCAGCAACAACAUGCUGAUGGGCAUUACGGGCAUGGCCACGGCGGAGUGCAUGAACAUGGGCAUCAAAAUGGGCCUCAAUCCUAAAGUUCUCCUGGACGUCCUCAACAACUCGUCAGCUCGGUCCUGGAGUACGGAGGUGUACUGCCCCGUCCCCGACCUGGUGCCCACUGCGCCAUCCAGCAGAAACUACGAUGGCGGAUUCAAGAACGAACUUAUGGUUAAGGAUCUGGAGCUGGCCAGCUCAAUGGCUCUGGGUAUCCGGUCACCCAUUCCCCUGGGAGCGGUCGCGACGCAGCUUUACCGCAUCGUCCAGUCCAGAGGCUACGGACAGAAAGACUUCUCCUACAUCUACCAAUUACUUAAAGAAGAAGCUAACAAGAAGUAGAAUAAAUAUUUUAAGCU